ACUUGCGGUCCUGGAGAGUUCCAGUGCUCGAAAGACUCGCCAGUACCAGCGUUCAAAGCUGCCCAUCACAGUUGCAUACCUUCGCGAUGGGUCUGCGAUGGCGAAUUUGAUUGUGAGGACAGGAGUGACGAACGAAAUUGUCCUGAUGUGAAGUGUAACGAGAACCAGUUCACAUGUUCUGAAUUCGAUGGCCAGUUCAAACUCUGCAUACCAAAGUCGUGGCAGUGUGACGGACAGAAGGACUGCGCAUCUGGUGCUGACGAGGAAAACUGCGAAAAACGAAAAUGUGAGGAAAACGAUUUCCAGUGA